AACUACAACUAGCAUUCGAAUUCCAUGGUCGGCAACACUAUAGUCUAAAUUCAAUGUUUUAUAGGAGAGGCCAGAUAGAUUUGGAUGAACAGAGAAUGCGCGAUCAGAAGAAACAGGAUAUAUGCAAGGAGCAAG